AUGGCAAAGUUACAUGCCAUGCCCACUGUAAUGCAAUAUUUUUUUCUAAGUAGUACCUCAGAGCAACAAGCAAGAAAUGACCACACUUUUUUUGUAAUUUUUCAGACUCUUAGAGAACGCCUGCGAGGGAUAAUGGACUCGGCACAGAACUCUCUCCGGGAUGAUGUGAAUGCCCAGAUUGCCAAGUUAGAUGAGCUGGAGAGGACGCUCUUCCACGCUGGCCAGAAAGCUCUCCAGGAUCACCAGCUGUGGCUGUCCCGCAGAGCUCACAUCCUCACCACUUCAACUAUGGUUGAUCAGCACAAUAAGAGGAAAUUCUCUGCCAUUGAUUCAUGAAAAAAAUUGAAAUUAAAUUUAAGAUUAUGUACAGAUUUUCACACUUUUCUAGAAUUACAAUCAUUUUGUGAAGAAUCAUUAUAUUGAAUAUAUUUAUAUUUGUAAAGACAAUGAAUUUGAUACAUAACUUAUGGUCCUUGAAAUUUUAAGGGUUGGAUUUGUAUGGAAUAAUAAAGCUAAACACACACAGCAAUUAAAUAAAAUCUCCUUCGCGCUUACCAUUAAAAUUACCUGUUAUUCAGUCACAUCACGUUCUCCUCUAUAUGCUGAAGCUUAGAACAUUCAUAUUAAGAAUGUGCAAUAUAUAGCAUUAAAUCAGUAUAAGUAAAGCUUGCGAAGACUGAAAAAGAUAUGUAGUUUUAAGGCUCAGCAAAACUCUGUAUUGCUUAUAUUUUGUAGCCUGUCAUACAAUUUUCAGAUCUGAGGUGGUGCUCACUGCAUCCUUAAAACAGAAGUGGCAUAUUAGGCCUGUAUGAAGAAUAGGGGUACACAGUGCAUAUAUUGGGUUUUGAAUUUGGAAACAUUUUAAAUGCUGAGAAAGAAUAUUAAUAAAUUUCAGCAAAAUAGGGUUCAUUUUGUUUUUAUUUUGGACAUUUAUCUUUUACACAACACACAAACAGAAGGGUAUAAAUACUACCAACAGGCCAAGAAAAUUGCUUUCAUUGGUUGUUAAUGGCUGUGAUAAAUUUUUCUAAAAGCAUUUACAUGAAGGCUACAGAUUUUAAAUUAAACUUUUGUCCAGAGAACUUGACUGUCUCUUGAUAUAUCUUUGGUAUUAUUAACAAUUUAGAAUUAUAUGUAAUAGCUAGGUGCCAUUGCUCUGCAAGACUUACCCGCUAUUAAACUAAAUUAACA